AUUCGCCAAGACCGUCUAUGCUCUUUCUUUUCUGCAAGAGAUUUGGCUUUAGGUAAUCCUGUGGUUCGGAUGAUAUCACUAUUCAGUUUGAGUGCAUCAAAGAUCAUCUUUUCAUCUAGUUUGUUAGCUUCCCGACCUCUCAGCUCAAAUACACUGGAAGAAGUAAGGGCACCAUUAGAGCAUAAAGAACUAACAUCCAGUGUUCUGUGACUGUAGGGUAAAGUUCGAUCUGUAAAAUGCCUGGAAGACAGGCUACCUUUUGAACCAGAGUCUAUCUGUUCAUUUAGUCUAACAGUAUCAUAGAUCGACCGCUGUGGGACGUAACAGUCUUCGAUAUUUAGGUCCUCCUCUUCUUCACCCUUCCCUACACAUGGGGGAUUCUGACGUAAACAGUCUGGUCUGCUGAGUGGCUUCCCCAUAUUGCAGAUAGUUAAAACAAAUAUUGCAGCUCUUGACACAGGAAAUAAGAAAUAAGAUAAUGCAUCUUUCAAGAAAUUAUACUUCUGAACAGAGCGACGAAGUGUCUUCGGCAUAAAGACACAUGCUCAAAUAUGUCAUAAUAUACAUAUGAGGUGUUUAAGGUCAUCAGCAGUGCAUCAGUAUAAAUGCAACUAUCCUUUUACCUGGUUGAUUCUAGGAUGAUUCUAAACAAUAAAGUGCAUCAAUAACAGAGAACAAAAAGCUUCUUUGUCCACCUUUCCUACCUCCCAAAGUUCCCUUUCACACACUCCAAAACACAGAAAAACACAAACACACACUUAACAGUGGCUCAAACACUCAGAACAUUCUAUUGUCAGUCCAUUUCCCUUUUUAGUCUGAUAUUUCCAGAUUAAAAUUUUCAAAUGAGCAAGCAUUUGAAAAUGUUAAAACAGGCUGAAUGUUAAUUUCAGCAGAGCUCUGGUUAACGGUAAUCCACUUAAAGAUGGCUUGCGAAACUCCAUCUUUCUAGUAAAUAAACCAUGCUCUAGAAAUUUAAAAGACAAACACAGGGACCUGGUAUUGUUCACAUCAAGGCACAGAACAAAUCUUCAGAGAAAAUAAGUUAAGUGUAACGUUAUGAGAAAGUUACAUUUUUCUUUUACUCUUUUUUUUCUGGAGGAGUAGCUAUAAAUAAACUUGAUUGAAAAGGCAGGUUUUCUUCUUUUAAGCUUCUUCAAUGCUAGUCAGAACUACUCAAAGGAAGAAAAAAAAAAAGACUUUUAGACACCCAGGGCAGUACAAUCCGGCAACCGUUUAAAGUAAACAGUUAGAGAGCAUGGUGUACUAUUAAGCUUCUCUUAAAAAAAAAAAAAAAGCCAUUUCCAAAGAUUCUUAUCUGGUCCUCCGUAGGAAGGCUUAUUCCACCUGAAGCAAAUGCAGCAACGAAGAGCUCCACAGCUUCCUCUAAGGCACAGGCAGCGUAAUUCACAUUCAGCAGAAAACCCAGGGACUACGCUAGCCUUUGAAACUGACCAACUUCUGCAGUCGCAAUGUGGCCUUCAUUUCAGCUGGGGCUGGAGAGAGACGGCGGUGGUGGAGGCAGCAGAAAGGGAACUCCGGCCGGGAACUCCGGCGCUGUCCGCGGCUCCUCAGGGCAGCACGGUGCCGGGCAGGCAUCGUCUCCAGCCAGGGCGCUUCCUGCAACGCCCUCUCUCUGCAGGCACCAUCUGCUGCGCCCCUGGGCCUGCCGGGCGCUCCGGAGCCGCAGCUCUCUCUACCACUUCGGUGCUACGCCCUCCCGUGACUUAACUUCGCAGUCAUCUUUCCUCUGACUCCUCGCUUCUUACCGGGAGCCGGCGAGCGG